AUGGUGCAGCAGGUGGAACACGACCUCCGUGUCUGUAUAGACAAGCUGGAGGGGAAGGUGGUCGCGUCACAUCAGACCUUACGUCAUGAGGAAGUGAGGCGCGACACUGGAAUCUUUGGCCGGAGGAUCGUGGCGGUAGAGGCAAGUAAAAUCGCUACCGUAAAGGAAAAGGGAGGCGCGAGCGAACCCAUCCCAGGAUCGCGUGGUUCCGGGGACUUAGUAGCUGCAUCUCCAACAGUGGAAACGAAGCAAGGUGCUGAUCGCUUGGAAGGGGUGGAGCCAAGACGCCGGCUGACAAGUGCCGAAGACCCAGGCUGUCAGAAUGCCCCAGAGAAGCAGGAAGAAUCGAAAGGGAAAGCCGUUUCUUCCUACAAAGGGAGACAUGAGCCCGUGAGCUCACAGAGCGUGAUACGUCAUCCUCUGCGCGUGCAGAAGGAAGCUCCAAAGUCGGCAAGGGCGAAUCCAGUAUGUACCCUGAUGAAGGGAGUGGAUUACACUGGAGCGGGUGCGAGGUUUCGCGACCAGGGUGCUGAACUCUUCAGUAAGCCCACCCUGACAGUCCACCCCAGUACCACAUUGUGGGAAGGUGACACUGUGACACUGAAGUGUCAGUCUGAGAGUCAAUUGCAGGAGAUACAACUGACAUACAAAUUCUACAAAGACGAGGAAUCUGUGAGUCAAGGAGCUUCAGAGUCGGAGUUCAGAAUUCCAUCAGCUCAACCAGAGACGUCCGGCAGUUACUGGUGUGAGGUGGAGGCAGAAGGGAAGAAGACUGAGAAGAAAUCAAGUGAGCGAGUGCAGGUGACCGUGAGAGAGCUGUUCACCAAGCCCACCCUGACAAUCCACCCCAGUACCACAUUGUGGCAAGAGGACAAUGUGACCCUGAGGUGUCAGUCUGAGAGUCGAUUUCAGGGGACACCCUUGACAUACAAAUUCUACAGAGACGAGGAACCUGUGAGUCAAGGACUUUCAGAGUCGGAGUUCACAAUUCCUUCAGCUCGACCAGAGAUGUCCGGCAGUUACUGGUGUGAGGUGGAGGAAGAAGGGAAGAAGACUGAGAAGAAAACAAGUGAGCGAGUGCAGGUGACCGUGAGAGAGUCUUCUCCAGUUAUGAUUUCAUUUAUUCUCAGAGCCAGUUUGUUUCUUUUGAUGCUUCUGCCGGUGCUUGUCAUUUAUCAGAUGACUGAAGGUUUUCCGUGCAUUGACUGUAAGAAGGCCAGAAAAGAACAGAAGGGAAUGUAUGUGAAUGCCCCCAGCGGUGGGACUGUCCAGAUGGAAGCUUCCAAUGAAGGAGAAUAUUGUACAACAUCUGACAAUGAUGGUCGCUACAACAAUAUCUGAAAAUGAACAUUAAAUAAGCAGGAAGUAACGCAUUGUGCUUUCUGACAUCACAACUGUGGACUGAAGCCAUCUCAGUGUCUUCUGCUUGUGAAGCCAUUCCUUUAUUUUUAAAUUGUCCCUUCUGAUCUGCAUGGAGGAGCAAAUUGGAUGUGUGGUGUCUCAAUUCUGGUGAACAGAAGAGAU